GAGCUGCCCUGCACCCUGCUCGCUGGUGGGUGUUGGGUCCACAGGAACAUUGUUUUGGUCCUUGCACUGUGCAGCUCGCUGGAGAGUAGCAUGAAGGGUUACCUCCCUGCCUGUGUCUUGGACUGGGAACAGUUCAAGGGCUCCCUAAGGCCUAUCUGCUGCCUGGUGUGCCUUGUGAAUGUCCUGCCUGGCACUAGGUUCAAGCUUGGCAGGUGAGGAAUUUCCCCACUCAUCCCCGGUUGGCUGAGCACCUGGGAAGAGGCAGGCCAGGUGUGUCAUUAGACCUGAGUGUCCUGUCUGGUGGCCCUGCCGCCUGGCCUCCUCCCCUCCCAUCUCUGAGCAAGGCGGAAGGCAUGCUCUGGGUGACCUCUGGCAAAUGCCUCCUGAAGAUAAAUCUGAUAAAUACAUCGUGCACACGCUCAUGCUGCCUCCGUCGGGGAGUCUCACUGCUCACUGGCGUUUUAUUAGCAAAUGGAUUCAAUAACCAGCGCCUCUGGAGGAGACCAGUUUAUUUUCUUGAAAAGGCUCCAGGCUUCGGCUUGGAAAAUACAACCGCCAAAAUUGAGCCCAGCAGCUGGAGCGGCAGCGAGAGCCCUGCCGAAAACAUGGAGAGGAUGAGUGACUCUGCAGAUAAGCCCAUUGACAAUGACGCAGAGGGGGUCUGGAGCCCCGACAUCGAGCAGAGCUUUCAGGAGGCCCUGGCUAUCUACCCGCCGUGUGGGAGGAGGAAAAUCAUCUUAUCAGACGAAGGCAAAAUGUAUGGUAGGAAUGAAUUGAUAGCCAGAUACAUCAAACUCAGGACAGGGAAGACGAGGACCAGAAAACAGGUGUCUAGUCAUAUACAGGUCUUAGCAAGAAAGAAAGUUCGAGAAAUUCAAGCCGCCAUUAAGGUGUCUAGUCACAUUCAGGUUCUUGCCCGAAGGAAAUCUCGUGAUUUUCAUUCCAAGCUAAAGGUAACAAGCAUGGAUCAGACUGCGAAGGAUAAAGCCCUGCAGCACAUGGCGGCUAUGUCGUCUGCCCAGAUUGUCUCGGCCACUGCCAUCCACAACAAGCUGGGGCUGCCUGGGAUUCCACGCCCAACCUUCCCAGGGGCGCCGGGGUUCUGGCCGGGAAUGAUACAAACAGGGCAGCCAGGAUCCUCACAAGACGUCAAGCCCUUUGUGCAGCAGGCCUACCCCAUCCAGCCAGCAGUCACGGCGCCCAUUCCAGGGUUCGAGCCUGCAUCAGCCCCAGCUCCCUCAGUCCCUGCCUGGCAAGGCCGCUCCAUCGGCACAACCAAGCUUCGCCUGGUAGAAUUCUCAGCUUUUCUCGAACAGCAGCGAGACCCAGACUCGUACAACAAACACCUCUUCGUGCACAUUGGGCAUGCCAACCAUUCUUACAGUGACCCGUUGCUCGAAUCAGUGGACAUUCGUCAGAUAUAUGACAAAUUUCCUGAAAAGAAAGGUGGCUUAAAGGAACUCUUUGGAAAGGGCCCUCAAAAUGCCUUCUUCCUCGUAAAAUUCUGGGCCGAUUUGAACUGCAACAUUCAAGAUGAUGCUGGGGCUUUUUAUGGUGUCACCAGUCAGUAUGAGAGCUCUGAAAACAUGACAGUCACCUGCUCCACCAAAGUCUGCUCCUUUGGAAAGCAAGUAGUAGAAAAAGUAGAGACGGAGUAUGCAAGGUUUGAAAAUGGCCGAUUUGUAUACCGAAUAAACCGUUCCCCAAUGUGUGAAUACAUGAUCAACUUCAUCCACAAGCUCAAACACUUACCAGAGAAAUAUAUGAUGAAUAGCGUUUUGGAAAACUUCACAAUUUUAUUGGUGGUAACAAACAGGGACACACAAGAAACUCUCCUCUGCAUGGCCUGUGUGUUUGAAGUUUCAAAUAGUGAACAUGGAGCACAACAUCAUAUUUACAGGCUCGUAAAGGACUGAGCGUGGUUAUUUAUAUAUAUGGAUAUCUGUAUAUACACACACACACACAUCUGUGCACACACACACUCUCUCUCCACUCUUGGACGACUGACUGCAAACCUCACCACACAGGGAGGUGCCCUGGCCCUGAGGUCACCCCGACUUUUCUAACUCCUGUUUGAGUGAAGUCAUUUUUCCGUGUGUUGAUACUAUCAUUGUAGCUGUGAAGUUCUGGUACAGUUGUAAAAAGAGAAAUCGAUUUGUUUCUAUGUGUCCUUCAGAUCUGCAGCCCACAAUUCCUCGGGAAAGGGGAACCUUAACCCAUGUCUCUCUCUGCAGAGACCCUGUUUCUGAUUGUGGUAGAAAAUACUGAGACAGAGCAUUGGCCAUGGGACAUUUCCAGCCUUUAUACAAGUGUAUUUUGUUCUCUUUUUUCCAACAUAAAAUUCUUCUCUUAAGAUACAAGUAAAAUUAAUCUUUAAAUAUAAAUGUAAAUUAGUACACAAAACUAAGAACCUUUAGACUUAUCUUUGUAACUAAUUACGGUGGAAGUUAUGAAAGAAUGUAAUUCACUAAAUUAUUUUUUAAAUGAAACCUUUCUUUCUUUUUGAAACCAAAUGUUAAACUAUAGCCUUAAGAAAUGUUUGGUAGAAAUAUCCUAAUAAGACAAAUUUGUACUUUUUUUUUCUCAAGGUGAAAACUAAUCUCUUAAUCCAUUAAACUCUUGAACAGGUAUUACAGAGGAAGAGAGCUUCACCCCUUAUCCUUAACAUAUAUAGUAUAUUUAAAAAUAUAAAAUUGUAUUGUACUAAUGUGAUGAUUGAUAAUUUAAUGAAAAAGAAAAGAUGGCUCUUUUGCAAUAAGUAGAUAAAUACUGAAAAAUCUAAACUUACAAUGUUUAUAUAGUCAUAUGUGUGCAGUUAUAUUUUAUAUGGACAACCAAAUUUUUUAUGAAGAGUAAAUAUUUGAACCACUGAAAUUUAGUAACAAAAUUAAAAAAUUGGCCUGAAUACUGCACUGCAAAGGACAGAGAAACCUGUGGCUGGGAGAACACUUAUCAGCCAGACGAGUAAAAGGCUCAUCAGUUUUAGCAUCUCUGCUCCCCAGAAAACUGCAGGCACCCCCGCCGGCUGGUGGAGACAUUCAUUCUUUCUGGUGGCCCAGCGUGCAGAUCAGCCUGCUGGAACUGCAGCUGUAUGUGCACAGGUGUACAGAGGUCAGAACACUCACUCACACCUAUUCAGUCCUCAGUUUGCUAGGUGCUGAUAUGUGUGUAUAUCUCAGUCUGUGUCUGCAGACUUAGCUGGAUUCUCUGUAAGGAAUUCUGUGUCCUUGACGCAUCUCGGUAAGUCCCAGUAGUCCCCAUUUGACUUAGGUUUAAGAGGCCCCGCUGUCUAUCUCUGACCUUUUCAAAUACGCUCAUCCAGGAGGUUCUCAACGGAACUUUCCACUGCAGAUAUUCCAAAGCAUUGCCCAGGCAGAGGUGGACUGAUGCAGCCACUUGUCUUGGGUUCUUUCCGAAAGUGCUUCAUUGGGAGAGGGAACGGGGGAACUCUGCUCAUCCCCCAACUUCCCGGAGGAAAAUGAUGUUUAUAACCACAAGGACUGUGUUAACACAGCAGGACAUGAAGUAAAGUGAUAAGUUGUAAGACAUGUCCAGAUGUUUUUCACCAAGCUAGCAACAAAAACUUAGUUCUGCUGCAUCCAGGUUGCACGCAUACCCCCUUCCUUCUCCCACCAUCUGCCUGGACGCUGCUUGUACAUUGUCCAGCAUCUCUUGGUCAGGAGCAUGAGUGUGGCUGGCUUGCAGCAAAAAGAAAACCACCUGACGGAGCCUGAGCUCCCCCAGUCACUGGGGAGAUGGGAGGAGAACGUGCAGAACCCUCCCGUUCUGGAGUGCACAUCCCUCCGUGCGACUCAGCUCUGUAAAGGGACUGCCUUUGCUCAUCUGGUCUUCAGUGUAAGCUGCUAGGCUUCCUUUGCAGUCUCCACACUUUCACUGACUUCUCUUGGACACCCUUUUCAGGGUUAUUUCCUUUGCUCCACUCUUCUAGGACCCAGGUUAGGUGAAUGGGUACAGAGGAUGUCCUAUGACUGAAAGCCUGGCCGUCCCAGAGCUUCAAGGGGAGAGAGAACUGCUUCCUGUCCCCACCCAUGAAUAGACUCUUCUGGGCUACGCAGAGGCUCCUGAGAUUUCCUUUUCAAAGCACAAAAGGACUGCUACCCAGGAAGACCAGUGAGGGGACACGGACACCCUGAUCUGCUGACCUCACAGGAUCAGGCCGGGUCCUGCUACCUCACUGCUCACAUCUUCCUCUUAAACAGCUGUCAGAUUUUUAGAAGUUUGCUUCGGGUGUUCUGCAGUGUUCUCCAGGAGAGAGAUUUACCUGUCCUAACCACCGGUCCAGUUUCCCCCAAGUCUUGGGCUCUUGGGCUCCUUCCCAAAUUAGACCCUUGGUUGGCAUCUGUGUCAUGGCGUCUCUCUGAGUUUCCCUUUGGUCCUUCUUUCUAUACAGUGGUCUCCUCCCCGUCUCUUAGAAGCUUUCUUAGCCGUAAGGAAGCCUUCCCAGGGCCCUGUCCUCACUGCUCUCCUCCCGGUGCUCUGUUUCCCAGUGACCUUGCGAUGCCUGGCUGGUGUCAGGACCACCUUGUGCUUCUCUGCAGAGUGUGGAGGCUGAUGUCCCACCGGGACAAGCUAAAGGCCAGGGCUCUGGCACAUUGCUACUUCUCCAUCACAGCAAGAGACCUAAAAGGAAAGCAGGACUUCUGCAGCAUGUGUCCCAGAGUUCCAGAAUGUCCUCACUGCCUGAGACCAGGCUCUGUCAACGUCGGCACCAUUGUCACUGGACCAGGUGAUGCUUCGUUGUGUGGGGAACUGCUGGCACCCUCAGCCACCACACAGCAGCCCCUCUUCUGCUGGCUGUCACAACCAAAAACAUCUCUAGCUGCUGCCAAAUGCCUCCGCACUCUGUGGUCCAGAUCUGCCGCCCCGUAUCUUAGAGGUCUCUCUGACAGUAGCUUUUCCUUCCAUCUCACUUUGAAAAAGCUUCUCUUCUAGGAGCCUUGUUCAGGUCAUCAAGAGGCAGAUAAAUAUUAAUCACAUGACGUUGUGUCCAUGUUUCGUGCUGUUUCAGUCCUGGUGUUUUGCAGUCUCGCUGUUGCUUGAGUAUUCUUUCUCUCAUCUCUAGGGAAGUUGAGAAUGGCUGGUCCCCAGCCCUAUCGCUGACUCACACCUAUACAUUGCUAAUUUGAUCCUCAUGCCUUAGCUUAUUGGAGUUGAAAAACAAUUCCAGCACUUGUCAUCAUUGCUCAUGAGCUCACGGGUCUCAUCAUCAAACCUUGAAUUAUCUUAGUGCAUUUCCCGCAGGCUGCUUGGACGUGCUGCCUUAUUCUUCAUGCUGUUUGUACAAUAUAUUGGAACCUCUGACACUUUUUACCCCUGUAGAGCUGAGGAGGGAGGGCUCAGUUCCAGAGGGGACUUGAAGAAUUACUCCUUCUCCUGAAAGAGAGCAGUCUCCUGUUCUUCGUUUUGUGGAGAAAGUCGGGUUCCAGAGUAGACAGGCUUGCCCAAGGUCCCCUGGAUGGGGAGUGGCAGGACGAGGGGGAGCACUUUCCUGGGGCUCUGGCCAGCUUCAUCCCUGGCCUGUCCUGGUGCAGGCUGUUCUUCAGGGCUGUGCGCUUACAUGAGCCCUAGGAGUGUGUGUUCAAAAGAGGGGGCAGUUCCGAAUGCCCAUGCUGCUUCUCACGUGGGUGUGUCCUGUUGCACCGCGCCUCUCUGAGGCCUCCACAGCAGGCAGGAAAGCUGCUGAGCCUUUUCACUUCGUCCGGGGACAGUUUUAUCUGCCACAGGUGCUGAGUCGAAUUCCUCUUUGCUAAUCAGUCCCAGCAGCAAAUCCUGCACCAGCCAAAAACAGCCCCCGUUCCAAGCACUUGGGGUUAAAAGUCCCCCGGUGACUUUGCAACCCAAGUUUUCAUUAGGUUUUACUACUGUGGUGGCUUUAGCAGUUGUUUUUGUACAACCAUAAAUUAUUUAAACCGUGUGUGACCGUCAGUUUUACAACAGGUACCUAUGAUUUGUAUAAUUUUGUGUAUGCUCUGGUACACUACACCUGUCCUAGGAAAGGGCAGAGCGAAUUCUGUUUGUUGGUCUUCACACCUGUGACUUCAAGAGGACGUGUCUGCAUUGCUGAUUUCUUCAUGUUGAUGUUUCUGUGGCAAAGCCCUGCACAGGUCGUUUCUGAAAAGCCUUAAAUCUCCGAGAUGUUGCGUGUAGGGUCUACAGUGCAAAAGGCUGCCUCGGGACUGUGAGCCCUUUUGUAAGCUGGAAGCGUUUCUCUUACUACUGUUAACCUUUUUUAGAAAGUUUUCAAUUCAGAGCUGCCAAAGCGUUCCAGUAAGCAGUGCCUUAGUAAUACCUUCGUCGUGCCGCCAGCCUUUUCUUGCACCUGGUCUCGGUGUUCAUGUCCUAAUUGGCUAAUAUCUGAAACAGAACAAGCAAAAAUGAUCUCCACCUUUGAUUUUCAAGCCCAUUUCUUCUCCUGUUCCAUAGGAAACUGACGACUGGAUCUAAAACCUAAAUAACACAGGUCAGUUCCUUGCCCGCCCUCUCAAAUGUAUAUACCAAAACAAAAGGUUGCAACUUUAGUUUACUAUGAAAAGCUAAUUGUACUUUUAUUGUUGCCUUUUAAAUCCAUGACCAAAUACUUAGCUAUUUGUGAAUCUUCUGCACUCAGCAUGAAAGUGCCUUUGGUUUGAGAUUCCAGCUUAGAAAAGUGCUGCCAUCCUCACAAUAAUUUGUAGAGAGACCAAAAAUAUUUUGAGAUCACCAUAAUGCCUUUGGUUUACUGGGAUGAGUAACCGGCUACAGGCCUCUGUUCACGAGAGCGCAUCGUGGCCGCCUCCUGCUGUGCGUCUGUCUGCCAUGGGCACGCCCACCACCGUCACCACCGCCACUCAUCCAUAGUGCACUGCAGCAGGAGCGACCCGGAAGCUGUUCUGUCUGUGCGCCGCCGGCCGGCCAUGUCACUUCCGCUCGUCUCUCAGCCCUGCAUCCCGGCGAGGGACCUUCCGCACAAAGCAGAGUCUGGGCCGGUGGACUGAUGUCACAGCUUUCACCUGCCGGCUCCGUGUUCAGAGACUUUGUUUUCCAUUCAAAUGACAGUGCGCACUUAUCUGGUUUACACAGUGACACCAUUUUGAAAGUUGGAAGCCUCAAACCGAGAUGAGCGUGCAGAACAAAAAGGCGUUAGGGUCAUUACAAUUGAAGUGUUCUUCUUAAGGGCAAACACGUUGCCUCUGAAUGUUGGGAAUGAGUGUGCUUCGAGAACCUUCCAAAGAGCACCUUUCACAAUUAGGCAUUUUCCAAGAAUGUUCUGGCCCUCAAAGGGGCAACUCUUUAUAGAGUCUGUCUUGGAAAACUCAACAGCAGAGUGAAAAAGACAAGAAGGCUGAAACACCAGCCCCUCCCCCCUAAAAAAGCCAAGGACAACAAGAUUUUUCUGUGCUUAUAUUAAAAAAAAAAAAAAAAGCAUCCAGCAUCUUUGAAAAUAAGCCUCUAAGUUUUUAAUAUGUAAAUUUUGUCUGUUUCUGCCCGGUGUCUUUAAGAAUAACCUCACUGGGCUCUGAAAUUUCAAGAGUGAUUUCUGUCCACUCCAAGUUGUGAGUAUUUAUAGAAAUUUUCUGGGGGAAAAAAAAACACCCAAAAACAUACCAUUUGAAAAAAGGAAAAUUACUCCACACAAGUUGUAGUUAGCUGCUUGAAUUCUCAGCUCCUUCCUGUCAGUUCUACACAACUUGGAAGAAAUUAGUGAAAAUACUUCUUUCCUGCUUCUCUUUUCAGCUGCCAUGUACCUUGCUAGACUGUAGUGUUCUCUCAUAAGCUCAUUGCUUACCGUGCUAGGAAUGAAAACUUUUUUUGUCUCAAAUUUAUUGCAUUGCAAAGGAGGGUUUACUGAGGUCAUGCAUCGUGAAAUAAGAUGAAAUAUUUGUAUUUAUUGUCCUGCUUCCCAAGCUUGUUUUACUCCGUGGAUUCACAUUGGGUCACUUGUAUGCCGCACUGUAUCGUUUUAGAAUUUAAAGUGGUGUUUUUGUUCCUGCUCGUCCAUCAUUAAAUGUGAUCAGAUUCCACCUUGCUCCAGCUGACUCUUGUCUGCCUUCCAUUACAAGAUUAUUUGUCCUGUCCCUUCUUUGAGAGAGGCUGACAGAAUUGAGUGUAAAUCAAUUGGAAACCAUUCUGAUUUUUUUCAUUAGUCAUUUUCUGUGAUUAAUUUCACUGUGUAAAUUAGAUAUUAACUGCACUUCUUUAAAAAAAAAAUCUACGUCUCCCUGUUACCUCCUUGGAAGGUUUUCUUCUGUAGGCUCUCUUUCAGUGGGCUCACGACUGCAGACAAGGGGUAAAAGGAAAACAAAAACAGUACGUGCCUGAAAAAUGACAAAAAAAGUUUUUUGUAACAUUUAAAAAAAAAGAAAAACCUGAAUAGCCUUUACUUCUUUAAUACGCUUCAAUUUUAUGUGACAUGGUUUUGGCCACAUGUGUUUGUUCACAUUCUAAAUGACUUUGUGGGAUUCUCACAGUCUGCGUCUCCGUGUCCCGUGUGUAGACAAUGGGCUUGUGACGUAAGCGUGUCAUCUGGUCAGUGGCUCCUUUGAUAUUGUACUGCUGCUGGGGCUGGGUUUGGGAGCCUGCCUUUGGCUCACUGGGCUCCUCUUGGGUAGAUUGGAGAGAUGGGGGGUGGGGGUGGGCAAAUUCUCACACAUGUUUUCGUAAUCUACUUGCAGAAACUUUGAAAAGGCAUUUGGUUAAACCUCUUGGCAGUACAGUAUUUUGUGUUUGUUAACGUUUGUGUUUAGGUACUGGUACCUUUUUGUUUAAAAAUGUUCUCAGUGUUGGCUUUAAAGUGAAUUUAUCUUUAGUAUGAUAGUUAUAUGAAAAUUAUAGGGUUUGUGUGCAGAGAAUUUUUUUAUAAAGUGCUUUGUAAAAAAAAAAUGUAUUCUAGCUUUCGCGGUACAUAUGUGUGAUAACUUUAAUAUCCAUGACAGUUAAGUGCAAUUAUUUCAUCACUCUAAAAAUGCUAUUUUUGUGUCAGUUCCUGCAGGUGUUUUCAUGUCUUUGCAAAGUGACACAUUUUGAUGCCUUCUUGAUAAAAGUGGUAGACAUUUUGUAGCUUUCUAGAAACUUUGUAUUCAUACGGUAUCAAUGAAAAAUAAAGAAAAUGAAAGUGUGGGUCACCUUU